GAAGCACCCGUAGCCCCAUAUUCCCACUGAAGUCUUAUGCACAGUUAAAUUGCUUUUUCUUCUUGUUCGCAGUGCGUAAGCAAGAGAUCAUUAAGAUAACAGAGCAGCUGAUAGAAGCCAUCAACAAUGGAGACUUUGAGGCUUAUACAAAAAUCUGUGAUCCUGGCUUGACCUCAUUUGAACCUGAAGCACUGGGGAACCUGGUUGAAGGAAUGGAUUUCCAUAAGUUUUACUUUGAGAACUUAUUGUCGAAGAACAGCAAGCCAAUACACACCACCAUCCUGAACCCCCACGUCCAUGUCAUUGGUGAAGAUGCUGCCUGCAUCGCAUACAUCCGCCUGACACAGUACAUCGAUGGCCAAGGCCGGCCCCGCACCACGCAGUCUGAAGAGACCCGCGUCUGGCACCGCCGAGAUGGCAAGUGGCUGAAUGUCCACUACCACUGCUCUGGAGCUCCUGCAGCACCUCUCCAGUGAAGAUCAAAUACGGCAACUUGUGGAGAUACUCAGCUGGAGGGCAAUAUCUUCUUAGCAAGCAGCUCUGGAGUGCCUGAGUGACAGCAACGGUCAUGUCUGUUUUGACGUUAAAAAAAAAAAAAAAUACAAUUUACAAACAGGCAGCAGCCAAAUGCACGAAACCCUGCAUGCAUCUGAUGCUCCAGGCGCUGCCUUUCUGUUGUUUUCCAUGGAUCCAUCGUGUCUGUUUCUGCUGUACGAAGGUGUUUUUAAAUC